AUGACUAUUGGUGGACGUGUUCGAGCAUUGAUUUUGUCCAUUAAAACAUUAAAUUUAUUUCAAAGCCGAUCAACCGACGAAGUCGAAAUUCAAUAUGAACAAAUAACAACACGUUUAUAUUUAAUUUUAUUAUCAUUAUCCUUUAUCGUAUUGGUUAUUUACACAGCGCUAACCAAACAAACGAUCACAGAAAGUAUUGAAUCACCAUCAAUUUCCACCUAUAGAGAACUUGAAGCUGAUUAUAGCGAUAGUCUGAAAUGUUCGUGUUUCCGCAUGUCAAUUCCAUACGGAACAUUUAUUCAUAUGAAACCAACAUUUCACCAGAUAUGCAAGAGUGAUUUUGUUUCAUCUGAAUGGUUAGACUAUUUGGCAAACAUUAAUCUUGGCACUGAAUUCAUCUGGCGAUUUGAUUUUCGUAAAACGGGACUUGCUCAGUUUCAAGCACUCGCCACAUUGUGUCAAUCGGCGCAAGAAUCUAUUUUCGCGUCAGUCUCUCUAUUUCUUUCGACAAAUUAUGUUGGUUCAAUGCUUGUGGGAACUGAUUUACUCAACUCAGAAACAACAGCUCUCAUUCGAUUAUUUCAACGUCGAAUAAUACGUGAAUUUGAUAGAGAAUUAAGAUUAAUUCGUGACACCGCUCAUUCUAGUAAACUGGCGAUUUCAACACAAACAACAUUGUCAACACUCAUACGAGGUGAGCUUCAGAUACGACAAGUCCCUAAUGUAUAUCUAAUUUAG